GGACAGCACAGCAUGCUCCUGGACAAAGCCUGGAUGAAUGUGGACGAUGGCAUCAUGCAGAACAGCUCUGUGGAUAUAAAUCCUGAUGCCAGCACCACUGACGCCUCUCCUCCUGCAGCAGUCUGUGUUCGUCCUCUCACUGAGGAGCUCCAGGCAGCAGCAGAGCAGCCGGACAGCUCCACCAUAGAGGUGGUGUCAGUGACGGAGGAAGACCUCCCCCCGGUCAGGACCCCCACCACUCUGAAUGUCAGUCCGCUGGGAAGCUUUGCUGCUGACCUCCAGUCAGAGAAAGAGCCGUCCACAUCUGCAGAGCUCCAGCCGCCGCCGGCCCCCAGCCCCCAAAUGCCCAUCACCAAGGUGCAGCCCUUCCUCAGUGAGGAGGACUUGGACAAAGGCUGGAAGAGCAGAGUGCUGGCCCACCGCCUGGAGCUCCUGAUGGCCUCCUGCCUCGUGCUGGUGGUCACUCUGGCCCUGAGCAUCGGCCUCGGAGUGGGGCUGAGCUGUGUGGGGAAGUUUCGCUGUGGCUCGUCCUCUCAGUGUGUGAGCGCCUCGGCUCAGUGUGACGGAGUGGUCCAAAGCAGAGGGGAGUGGAGGACGGUCUGUGCAGACGACUGGAACAACUGGCUCGCCAUCUCUGCCUGCAAACAGCUGGGAUACUCCAGCUAUGUGGAGUCCUUCUUCGUCCCUCUGACUUCUGUGGAGCAGGACCUCCAGACCCCCCUGGUCUCCUUCAACCUUAGUCAGACGGAGAUCAUUAAGCUCCAGAACACUGCGUCUGAAAGCGUGCACCAGCUCCAGCACACGGGCGCCCACAUCCUCUCCAUGUUCCCAGCCCUGCUCAGGAGCCAGUGCAGCUCCGGGAUGGUGACCACUCUGAAGUGUCUCGAAUGUGGCUCCAGACCUCAGUACAACACUCGGGUUGUGGGAGGAAACAUCUCUAAGCCGGGCCAGUUCCCCUGGCAGGUCAGCCUUCACUUCCGGAGCGAGCACCUGUGUGGAGGCUCCAUCCUGACCCCCAGCUGGAUCCUCACCGCAGCCCACUUAACAAUGGCUGGAACAGUGUGGGGUUCUGUUGUACUUGAACUGGAUUUGGUCCUGCUGUGUGCGGUCAGAUUUGAGAACUCGUCCCUGUGGACGGCCCACGUGGGUCUGACGGAGCAGCUGCUCCAUGGGGCCCAGUCCCUGGCGGUGAGCAGCAUCCGGUACCACGCCCGCUACCGGCCCAAGGGCCUGGACUACGACAUCGCCCUGAUGAAACUAGCCCGGCCACUCGUGUUCAACGGACAAGUGGAGCCCAUCUGUCUGCCCAACCACGGGGAGGAGUUUGCAGAGGGCACCAUGUGCUGGAUCUCUGGAUGGGGGGCCACAGAGGAAGACGGAGAGACCAGCGUGGUUCUGCGCUCAGCCGCCGUGCCGCUCAUCUCCAGCAAAACCUGCAACCAGCCAGAGGUCUACAGGGGCCUCAUCUCCUCCUGGAUGAUCUGCGCAGGAUAUCUGGAGGGAGGAGGGGACAGCGGGGGCCCUCUGGCCUGUGAGGAUGCUUCGGUGUGGAAGCUCGUUGGAGCGACCAGCUGGGGAAUCGGUUGCGCUAUGAGGAACAAGCCAGGGGUUUACACCCGGAUCACAGCCUCCCUCAGCUGGAUCCACCAGCAGAUGGAGGUCAGUGGGCCCACCUCUGGGCCAGGUCUACUGAGGUCCACCUCUGGGCCAGGCCCACCUACCUGGGGCUCAGAAGCAGGUCUGGACCUGGAGAUGGUUUCGUGGGCGCUAACGCAGUCGGUUUUGUGUCCUACAGAGAGAAGAGGCUGGCAGUGUGUCCACUCACAGAACAGACAACUGACAACUGGCUCCUUCCCUCUGGAUCACAGAGAUUCUCCCGAAGGCCAAGAGACUUUGCACAGCAGAGAGGAGAGUUAG